AUGAGUUUGAUCAUGACUGAGCCUAGCCUCAUACGCCGGGCAUCUCGUAGAUGUUUGAACGGGCUGAAGAGAAAGCUCUCAAGAGAAAGUGCAUCCAAAGACGACCGCUCAAGCAUCAGCCAGAGAUCACAGCGGUCGUCGUUUUCAAGCUCAUCGCUGUUCACAACGACAACAGUAGAAGAGGAUGAGUACAUGCCCCUGGAUGAACCCAUACCCGAAGACCCUGAGAAAGAAGACUCGCCGCAUUCGCAACACCGGUCGCACUUUUUCGCAAGACUGCCGCCUGAGAUUCGUCAGCAAAUAUACAGAGAGUAUUGGGUUGCUUGUGGGGUUGAACGCCACGCUUUUUUGAUGUCUAGAAAGCUUCAAUAUUCUGCAUGUGUCACGAACCACCGCGCGCCAGAUGAGAGACAACUUGGUCUCGCGAGAGAAUGGGACCCGUCGCCCGCGUUACAGCACCAUCCUCAGUGGUUUAACAGGAUGACAUCGACAUGGUGUAACCAUUGGAGAUGCGAAAACCUGUGGAAAGAUGUACAAGACGGCCGCACGGUAGAUUUGAACGUGGGCAGGACCCAAGCUUUCAUGGCUUUGUUACUAUCCUGUAAACGAAUAUACGAAGAGAGCAUAGAUUCCUUUCAAGACUCCAAGGUCCUCAACAUCACAAGCGGCCGCACGCUACAGCGAAUCAUCAAAUACCCCCGCCCAAAGUACCUCACCGAAGCUCGCACCAUCAACAUCUCCCUCCGCGAGGACAGCGGCAAUUGGCUGUACCUCAACGGCGUCUCCAUCUGGCACAUCUUCUCCGAGCCCGAGAUCAAGGCGAGCAACGUGUACCUGUGGCUCGACGCCGAGUGUCCCCUCACCCGCCGCCUGCUGCCCGAGUUCCGCGAGCUGUACACGACCAUCCCGGCGUCCAUCACGCCGAAGCUGACCAUCGACUUCCCCUGCGACGCGCACGACGGCUUCUGGGCGUGGGGGCAGGUGAAGAUGAAGCCGCAGUGCGGCAGCCCCGCGAGCGAGGCCAAGACGGUCGAGGCGUUUGAGCCGCGGUUCAAGGUUGUCGCGAGGGGCCGGCAGCGGUUCAACGAGACCUCGUGCGGUUGGGUCAGCAGUAUCGACCAGGGGAGGCCGAGGCCCAGGGUGUUGGAGAUGAGCAAUCCCUUUGAGGAUAUCAUGUUGUACGGGAGGGGGAUCCAUGACGGGUUGUAUUAUUGA